GUCCCAAGUUGUAAAUAAUUGUUUUAGUCGCCAGAAUGAUUCCAUCUCUAUCUGGGUUUACCAUUUGGGCAGUGCUACUGAUGCUGCUCCUGAUGGAACUGGUUGAGGUGUGGUCCCACUGCUGCCAUUGUCCUUCUACCAGGUGCAAUAUACCCCAAUGGCCGUGCUGCGAUAAGAACUCCAAGUGGUAUCAUUCAUUUUUUGGCUAAACUGUGGGAGUAUAUAAUAAUGUUUUUUGUAAAUUAAAAGUAUGAAAAAUAAUAUUAGGAGUUGCUGUAGAUGUGUGUUUUACUUUAUAUGAAUUACAUUUCUGUGUUAUUUU